AAAUCAUUUAUCUUCUUAGUAAAAAAAAUAAUUUAAAACCCUAAACCAACAAAACUCAGAGCUCCAUCAAAUAAAACCCUUGGCUCUUUAUCAGAGACAAACUGAACUGAACCUCGCCGGACAACGCAAACGGCCUUCGUCGCCGGCAACCAGAAACGGUUCAUCCACAUGACACCAUUGUUAGGGCGUAGGGUUAAUAAAAUUGAAGGGUUGGUUUCCCUUUUAAAUUCUAAACAAAUUUUGUCAUCAUGGCUUAUUACUAUGCGCCAUUUUAGCUUUAAUGAUAAUUUCCGUGGCGGUAACAUCAAACAAGCCGCCAACGGAAAAUCUGACGAUGAAUUUUUUCGUCAACGGGGAGACACGAAUUUUAAUGAGAAUGGUGGAAAUAGAAACGAGGAAGGGUUUGAUAUUCGACAGCGUUUGGAGGAAUCGAGUCAAACUAGGGUUUUGAGAGGUCAAAAGCCUAUUAAUCAACCACAUUCGAAUUCCCAGGAAUUUAAUCGAAGUGGCCGUCGUCCAAGAUUUGAUGGAAAUCGUGGAAAUAAAUCUUCACAAAUUGAUCUUGGAUUUCAGGGUAGAAAUGCUGAUGAAACUGGUAGAGAUGGUGGUCAUCGUGGCAAUAAAUCUCCACGAAUUGAUCUUGGAUUUCAGGGAAGAAAUGUUGCUGAAACUGGUAGAGAUGGUGGUCAAUCAGGAGAUAGUUUCCUUGAUAAGUUUAAGUUUGAUUUUGAUGAUAAAAUAGGGAGUCAGUCAGAUGUUGAAGCAAGCAGCCAAUUGGAAGAAGCGAGAGCGGUGAAUUCGUCAAAUUUCAACCAACCAGCGCAAGAGUCUAUGCCUCAAGAUGCUGAUGCGAUUUUCAAUAAGAUGAAGGAAACUGGUCUUAUCCCAAAUGCAGUGGCCAUGCUUGAUGGUUUAUGUAAAGAUGGUAAUUUUCAAGAAGCUUUGAAGCUUUUUGGUUUGAUGCGGGAAAAGGGAACAAUUCCGGAUAUUGUCAUUUACACUGCUGUAGUGGACGGAUACACAAAGGCACACAAGGCUGAUGAUGCUAUCAGGAUUUUCAGGAAAAUGCAGAGUAAUAGCAUUUCACCAAAUGCUUUUAGUUACACUGUUCUUAUACAAGGACUCUACAAAUGUAGCAAAUUACAUGAUGCUGUUGAAUUUUGCGUUGAGAUGUUAGAAGCAGGCCAUUCUCUAAAUGUGACGACUUUCGUUGGCUUGGUAGAUGGUUUCUGCAAGGAAAAUGGUAUUGAAGAAGCAAAAGGUGUUAUCAAGACAUUAAUAGGAAAGGGUUUUGCUUUUGAUGAGAAAGCUGUUAGGGUGUUUUUGGACAAGAAAGCACCAUUUUCACCCUCCAUUUGGGAGGCCAUCUUUGGGAAGAAAGCUCCACAGAUACCAUUUUAAAUAUAUUUGGAGACUGUGUAAGUUUUUUUCUUCUUCUUGAUUCUUGUACUCUUUUGCCAGACUAUUUUCAUGUCAUUGUGUAAUGUACGAUUACUAUAGGUGCACCUAUUUAAAUUUUCUAAAGAAGGUUCAACUAGUUUGCCUGCUAUUUGAAUAGGCAAAUGAUAUUAGUUAUGUUAGUAUUGUUUCCUUCAUAAGAAUUUGAACCCCAGUUUGUUAAUUCAUUCAACUCGUUUAAAUCCUCUGGCUAGUUUGCUGUUUA